AUGUCGGGGAAUCUGCUGUGGGUGCGUCUCAUCAACGCAGAGACUCUUCAGCUGGAGGAGUUUAUCGGAGACCAGGUCCCGCAGUACUACAUCCUCUCUCAUCGCUGGGGCGACGACGAAAUCACAUACAAAGACUUUGUCAAGGGGCGGCGGAAAGACAGCCUAGGAUACAGGAAGAUCCUGGACUGCUGCGAGUUUGUUGUUCGUCAACACGGCAACCCUUCUCAUCUUGCUGGCGCUGCUCUUGCUACGGAUGAGUCCACUGCGACACACUUCGGCCUCUACGUGUGGAUCGACACCUGUUGCAUCGACAAGAGGAGCAGCGCCGAGCUGUCCGAGGCCAUCAACUCCAUGUACGCAUACUACCGCGACGCUGGCAUAUGUCUCGUGCACCUAUCCGACGUCGCCGUCGAUCCAAGCGAUGCCUCACCAUCGAUCGGCCCUGGCCCCAGUCUCCUCAAGCAACUCGCCGCUUCCUCAUGGUUCACCCGAGGCUGGACCCUCCAAGAACUCCUCGCCCCCAAACGAGUCGUCUUCCUCGACCGCCAAUGGCGAGUCAUCGGCCGCAAAGGGUACUUCCUCCUCCCCGACAGCAAGGACCAUCGCUCUCGAUUCUCUUCCGAAACGUACAACCAAGCCUUCGCCCUGGACCAUUACAUCUGCCAAAUCACCGGCAUCCACCAAAAGUACUUCUACGACCCCUCCCACCUCCCCAACGCCAGCAUCGCCCGCCGCAUGUCCUGGGCCGCCCGCCGCACCACCCUCCGCGUCGAAGACAUGGCCUACUGCCUCCUCGGCCUCUUCGACGUCAACAUACCGCUCCUCUACGGCGAAGGCCCCAAAGCCUUCAUCCGCCUGCAAGAAGAACUCCUCCGCAAGUCCAACGACCACUCCAUCUUCGCCUGGUGGCCGCCGUCCGACGCGCUGCGGCGUUUCCCUCCGCGCUACGAGUACUUCCGCAUGGGCAUCCUCGCGCCGAGCCCCGCGCAUUUCUCCCACUCGGGCCCCAUCGGGCAGAUGCCCAGUGUGCAAAUGGGCGCCCGCACCCGGCCCUACGCCAUGACGAACUCCGGCCUCGAGCUCCGCGAGAUGCUCCGCCCCGUCAAACUCCGCGGCAUGGAGAACAACUCGGUCUACGCGAUGCGGUUGAACUGCGCGCGCAAGGACGACGCGGUGAGGAUCGGAGGUCCGGUUCAGAUUGCGUUCUGGCACAUCGGGCCGUGGGGCAGGGCGGAUGGGGGGUAUUGCCGGCUGGUGGGGGUGCGGGAGAUGGUGGUGAAGGAGAAUCUGAUUGAGGAGGAGGGGACAUUGGAUGGGGAGGAGCGGGAGAGGGUUUUGUAUGUUAGGCCGGUGGAUGAGAUGGUUCCGAUUCCGACGAGGGUGUGA